UCUCCGUGAAAUGUGCGAGUCGCAGAGUUCUACCUCGGAAUCCGCGGCUUUGUCCCUGCACGGGCGCAGUACAAAUUGCUGAAGCACUCGUGUUCUCUGUGUGUUCACGUUGUCCGUCUGCCUCCACAGAAAAACGAGUGUAUAAGUAAUGUCGUCGAACAAGCCUACGAGAGUCGUACGAGGCGCCUGUAUCUUCAACAGUCCUGUAGUGAAGUACAGUAAGGAGACGGAGCAGCUGCUCAGAAGCCUAAUCACUGAGAGCCGUCUGACAACCCUGCAGCGUCAGCGAGUGCUGGACUGUGUAGCGCAUGGCAGCUCGCUGCCUCCGCCAUCCUCAGGGGGUCGCAGCUUCCGCCCACGUGCUGCUUCUGCCCCCUCACGCCCUACAGCUGCAUCACAGCUGUGUGCACGCAGGCGCUCACUCCGAGACAUCGAGCAGUCUGGAGCUUACCUGCCCCCACCACUGCCACGGCUCUUCACAGUGGACAGAACAAAGGAAAUAGAAAAAUUUCAGUCUCUCAUGGCUCAUGGGAAACAAUCGACUUCAACAGUCCAAUCAAAGGAAGAAGGGGAUAUUGCAAAACCAGCCAAGAAAACUGAAGAAUCUGAUAGAUUCCAAGAAUUGGUUGCAGACAUAGAAGACAUCUUUAACUUUUUAGAAGAGAUGAGGGCACUUGGUAAAGAGAAGCACUACUGGCCAGUUGUUCAGCAGCAGAUUGCAGCAAAAAUACGUCAAAUGGAGACAAUAGACAGGCAAAGGAGCAAGGAACUCAAAGAGUGGAUCAAAAGUCAUGAGAAGAAUAGCUAUUGUACAUACAGGGCAAAAUUAACAAAUAAAUCAUAAACUGGUAAUUAUAUAUUUGUGAACGAAUAAAGCAAAACUACUAAUUUCAAUAGUCACAGCAUUCCACAUAGUAGCAUAUUACCUUUAUUAAAGCU